UGUGUUUGUUUGUGCGCGCGCUUCUGUGCAUGUUCCUUAAUAUCUCCUCUUCCCUCCCCCCUCCCCAUAUGCAGUAGCAGCGGCUUCCCUGCAUCCAACAUGCACAUAGCCUGCCUCGGUGAUUGGCUGCCCCUCUGACAGCUCAGAAGGCGAUUGUAGGAUCUGGAACUCCACCCCUUCGGCAGGGCCCUGGGACCAUUCAUAAACUAAACAACACUCCCGCAAAUCCAGAGACACACACGCAUACCGAGGAGGAGAGGCGCAGAAAGUGAUAGUCUCUACGUGCAAUUUCAAGGGUUGAGGGGGAGGAGGAGAAAUCCUGGGCACCCCUCCCUGCUCAAACAGUCUAUGCAAAAAAAUAUUGAUAUAUAUAUAUAUAUAAAACUAAAGAACAGGAAUGAAUGAUCACAGACCAAUGGCAGCAGUCUACGCCUGAAGACAGAGAAAGCCAGAACCGGGUUCAGUCAACGCCUCCAGCAGGAAGAAAGAAAUCAACAACAUCCCUUGACAGUCGGCGAGAGACGCAGCCAAACUCAUGCACAUCUCUGGUGGUGCCAUGGUCUGAGAGAGUUUUCCCUCUUCCGCUCUUGGCAUUUCUCGCAUUCUUCUUUUAUUGCGUGCGGUUUUCAACUUCGCCACUGCUCGGCUGUGCUGUGGAGACCCGCUGCGAGUCCCGGAGAGAAGUUUUUAAAUGAACUGUUGAACUAUUUGCGUGUGGGAGGGUGGGUGGCAGCGCGCAGAGGCUGCAUACAACACGCCCCCCCUCCGCACACCGAAAAGGCGGCACAUCAAACUUUGCACUUCAGAGAUUUCCCCUCCGUCACCCCCAUCGCCCCAUUCCCAUCGGCUGACAGUUGCAUGGUUUUUGUUUUUUUAAAAUCACCACCAUCACCCACUAUUUUCUUUACUUGUGUUUGGGGCGGAGGGGCCGAGUGCGUGCGUGGGGCGGGGGUUGGGGGGCUGCAACUUGGCGGGUGCCCUGUGCAAAGCUGCAGUCACCGCUAAAGCAUUGGAUCCCUCAACGUACUGCGAGAGCCCGGUCUAUAGCCCGGACCUGUGCCCCAACAUGAUCGCCGCCCAGGCCAAGCUGGUGUACCAGCUCAACAAAUACUACACGGAGCGCUGCCAGGCCCGCAAGGCGGCCAUCGCCAAGACCAUCCGGGAGGUGUGCAAGGUGGUGUCGGACGUGCUGAAGGAGGUGGAGGUGCAGGAGCCCCGCUUCAUCAGCUCGCUGAGCGAGAUCGAUGCCCGCUACGAGGGGCUGGAGGUGAUCUCGCCCACCGAGUUCGAGGUGGUGCUCUACCUCAACCAGAUGGGCGUCUUCAACUUCGUGGACGACGGCUCCCUGCCCGGCUGCGCGGUGCUCAAGCUGAGCGACGGCCGCAAGCGCAGCAUGUCGCUCUGGGUGGAGUUCAUCACCGCCUCGGGCUACCUGUCGGCCCGCAAGAUCCGCUCCCGCUUCCAGACCCUAGUGGCCCAAGCCGUGGACAAGUGCAGCUACCGGGACGUGGUGAAGAUGAUCGCGGACACCAGCGAGGUGAAGCUCCGUAUCCGGGAGCGCUACGUGGUGCAAAUCACGCCCGCCUUCAAGUGCACCGGGAUCUGGCCGCGCAGCGCUGCGCAGUGGCCCAUGCCCCACAUCCCCUGGCCCGGCCCCAACAGGGUGGCCGAGGUGAAGGCGGAAGGCUUCAACCUGCUCUCUAAGGAGUGCUACUCGCUGACCGGCAAGCAGAGCUCCGCCGAGAGCGACGCCUGGGUGCUGCAGUUCGGCGAGGCCGAGAAUCGGUUGCUGAUGGGCGGCUGCAGGAACAAGUGCCUAUCGGUGCUGAAGACCCUCCGGGACAGGCACCUGGAGCUGCCCGGCCAGCCGCUCAACAACUAUCACAUGAAGACUCUGCUGCUGUACGAGUGCGAGAAACACCCCCGGGAGACCGACUGGGACGAGGCGUGCCUGGGGGACCGGCUGAACGGGAUCCUUCUGCAGCUCAUCUCCUGCCUGCAGUGCCGGCGCUGCCCCCACUACUUCCUGCCCAACCUAGACCUCUUUCAGGGCAAACCGCACUCAGCCCUGGAAAGCGCUGCCAAACAGACCUGGAGGCUAGCCAGGGAGAUCCUCACUAAUCCCAAAAGCCUGGACAAACUAUAGGGUUAACAACACAGUGAUAAACCCAUUUACAAACUUUUAUUUAAACAAAGCAGCUACAACAAAAGAGGCAGCGAAACAAACUUCUAAAACCCCACCUGCAGUUAAGCAUUUAAAAACUCUCAGACAUUUACAAAGCCAAAACGAUCACCUCGUUGCACGAGAAGAGACUCCCCUUCCCCCUUUUUUCUUCCAAUGUGAAUUUUUUAAAAGUCACACAAAGAAGCGAUCGGACUUUCCAUCAUCCAAACAAAACGCAAGGUACAUUUUCAAAUAAACGUAUAGUCAUUCUUUUCUUAUUCUUUUUGUUUGCCUGAAUGUUGUCACCAAGUGAAAAAAAUUAUUUAACUAUAUGUAAAAAAUUCUCUUUAAAAAAAGUUUUACUGAUGUUAAAUGUAUUUCAGUGCCAAGGUCAGACUGUGCCCCAUAUUGAAUUGUUGAAAACAGUAAUAAAAAUAUUACUUUAACUUUACAUUGACUUUUUUGUGAAUUGUUCUUAAAUUCAGGCAAGUAGAGAGAUUUUUCUCCGCUUUCAGAGAAAAAAGGAUUAAAACAAAAAUAAAUGGCAGACUAAUCACAAUAUUGAACUGGUGCUUUAUCUAUAAAUUCAUCAUAGUUUUCUAAAGUUUAUUUCAAUUCUUUUCAAUUAAAAUAGAAAUAGACUGUACUUAAUGAAAAAAUAAUUCCCAUUCAUUCUUUGGUUGUUUUGCUUUCUGUCACUUGAAACUUACUCUCUAAAAGUUUUAGGAAUAUAUGCACCAUCACAUAGCAUUUUGGCACAGUUUUGACAGAACUAGGGCGGAGUAUUUCUAUAAUAUAAUCCUUAAAAUAUCUUUAUUGUUUUUAAUUUAGUUGGUGAAACAUCACAAUCCGUUCCUAUUUUGUCCUGUAAAAAUACAUAGAUAUUUGCUUUAUUAAACAAGGGUUAUUCAACGAUCAGUUUUACUUUGAAAUGAAAAAAGUAUAAAUCUUCUCUGAAUAAUAAACAAGCUUAAAUGCAACUAUUAAAUUUUUUCUAACAAAUAUUUGUUUUCUCUGGUUUUUAAGUAUAACAUAGAACUGCAACACAGCAGCACUGCGCACAGGGCAUACACCGGAAAGGGGAAAACAUGCUGUUUUAAAAGAAACCAACCAAUUUUAUGUUCAAACAUAUCGAUCCUUUAUACUUGGGUUGUUUUUGUUUUUUCAAACGAAUAAUAGCUGAUUUGCCCCUAAAUUUCGGCUAUAGUGUUUUGCUCCAAGUUUUCUAAGGAAGGUUUACAUUUCUAAAACUUUACUGGGAGAUUUUUUUAUUAUUAAUUUUUAUUAUUUGCUUUAACGUCCCGAAAUAUUUUGAAGCUGGUUUGGAGCAUUUCAAAUUCCUUUUCAUACCCUUUCAGGCCGAUGCAAAAUCUUGUUCCAAAGAACUACUUCCGCUUCUCUGUGGACGAUCCGGAAAGAAAUAGCCUUUAAAGUUUGAGUUGGUUUUGUUUUUAAAUAAAAAGAAUUUUAAAACAACUUAAAAGGUAACUAUAAAGUAAAACUGAAACCACUUCGAAAACAAUUGUCUAGUUUACGUCGUGAUCACAGCGGAAUACACAUAAUGACGCUAUAAAAUGCUUAUAUAAAAUCGUCUUUAAUUUCUACCUGCAAAUUUACUCAUGUAUACUCUCAUCAGAUCAAAUUAUGGAAAAGCAAAGGUUCUGGGAUUGUAAAGUC